UCUAGAGCUUUUCUAUAUGUGCCAGUGUGGGUUCUAUGUUUAUAGUGUUGCUGCGUUGCUUGCGUGGGAGACCAGAAGAAAGGACUUUGCUGUCAUGAUGUCUCAUCACAUAAUUACUAUCAUCCUCAUUGGCUCCUCAUACUUAGUGGGCUUCUUUAGAAUUGGAUCAAUCAUCCUCGCCAUUCAUGACGCGAGUGACGUGUUUAUGGAAUCUGCUAAGAUAUUCAAGUAUUCGGGAAAGGAACUUGGAGCAAGUGUGUGUUUUGGAUUCUUUGCUAUUUCUUGGUUUUUGCUGCGGCUGGUUUACUUCCCAUUUUGGAUCAUCAGGGCUACAAGCUGGGAACUACUAGGAUAUUUGGAUAUGACAUCAGUAAAAGGCAAAAUGAUGUACUAUGCAUUCAAUACAAUGUUACUAAUGCUAUUAGUUUUCCACAUAUAUUGGUGGUAUCUUAUUUGUGCGAUGAUUGUAAGACAGCUUGAAAACAGAGGAAAAGUGGGAGAAGACAUAAGAUCAGAUUCGGAGGAUGAUGAUUAGGGUUUAUUGCUAGAGGCCAUGGUGGAAAAAGUGGAUUCCACAUACCUCAAAUGACGCUUUAUUUAGCAUUGUUAUUACACUCAUUAACCUGGAGUAGAGACUAGAGAGAAGAAGAUCAGAAGAAAAAGAAAUAUAUGCAAAUUUAGGAUACGUUACUAAUAGUAAAAGAAAGUCUUGUUCAUGAAAAUUCAACCCCUUGUGUAUGGGUUAAAACCUAGUUUAGUUGACAGUGUUAUCUCUUCUCUUCAAAAGAGGAUUGUAUUUUGUGUGUUGUUAACUCCUAGAAAUGAAGAUUAACCAAA